AUGUCAUGCUUAAUAUUUAUCAGCAGUAGUGAGGAUGACAAAGAUUAUUAUUUCCAGCAAGGUGGAGCAUCUUCCACUCCAUCCCACUAUCAUAGUGAUCUUUCAUACCUUCUUCUUAAUUCGCUAGGUGAAAUCCGCUCGGCGAUAGCACCAUGCAAGCCUGAACGUACUGCCAGUAUGCGUGAGCGCGAAGCUCAAUUGGAAUUGGCUCGUAAACGACGUAUUGGCGGGGGGUGCACCGUCGAAGGUGGAAUGCCAGAAACUAUUGACAACUGUGAUACUGUCUCGAUUUGCUCGUCAAAUGAAGAAAAUGUAUCUACACUAACACCAGUAGAACAGCAGCAACAAGAACAACAACUACAUCCGACAUCUGCAAAUAUGAAUGAUUCCAAUAAACCAAAUCAUUCUGGCAAAAAUACCUUCAGUCCGCUAAUGACUAUGAAGCGAAUCGAAGGCAAGCCCCCCAGUGGAAGUGGUCGAAUAAGUACAUUCUAACGGAAAAAAAAUGAAGCAAAAAUUAAUAUAUCCAAUAAAUUGGAAAUAUUCGAUAAUCUUGUCAACGGUACUAACGUUGUCGCCCCCAAUAUUUGCAAUAGUUUGGAAAAUUGCCCCAACAGCAUAAAGGAUUCCGUACGUAAAAUAACAAGUACUAUCGACAGUUAUCUAAAAGAUAAACGAAAUUACGAGAAUUUGUAUGAAUGUGUAGAAGAUCUGCCUAGCCCACCAGAACCUCCAGCUCGUUCAAGUGACUUGCAAACAAACCAACGUCUCCUACAAACAACUAAGCGUAAUAAUUUAUAUGCGGAUACUGUAUCCGUCGCAAGUUAUACUCGAAGCGAAUAUGGGCCAGCUCGGAACUAUGGUUUAAAUAAUAGUUUAGCAAAUAUCGCUCGUAUGACGUCCUCAUCGUAUUGUGGCAGUGAAAUUGGCGAUUUAGAUAUAUAUUCGCCCUAUAGUUAUUAUGGAAGUGAGACGGGCGGUGAUAUUGUUACGGAUAUUAAUGACAGUGUUUGGGGAACGCCGGCGGCUUCUACGAAUCGGGCGAAGACCGUGAACCGUUUGCGUAUGCGCAAAGGCCGCAGUGUAGUACAUGAAACUAUAGAGGAUAAUUAUUCGGCAGUCGUAGGAGCUAAUCAUGAAGCAUUGGCACAGGUGUUAGAACAACUACAACAAGCACGCAUAACAUCGCCUGCCUUGAGACCCUUAGCCAAUGCCAUUAAUUUGCGUUUUGAGGAUUUUACAAUUUUGGAAGGGGUUCAAGCAUUUGUAGUAGGUAAAAAAGCAUUCCACGCAGCUAUUCGGGCGUCAGUAUCCGUCACGUUAGCGCUUUCUGCUGACUGUAAUCAAUUAGCUGGCGCCGGUGGUGAGCUUAACCAAUUAUCGGGCAGUAUAUCCGGCGCUCUCAAUCCCAUUACGGAAUUUUGUGACCUGGUCCCCAGUUACCAUUUGCCUUUAAUGCCGUCAACUGAGUUCACUUUAUUGCAAGCCACAAUAUCUGUCCUACCACGUUUGCAGUUGGAUACUCUGCUAUCCAUCGGAGCAAUCCUAAAGGGCAAAUCUCAAAUUUUAGACAAAAGCAACUACAAUUUCCGUGGUUCAAUACCCAACUUAACCAUAUCAAAGGAAAGUAAUAACACUAAUGUCAUAAGAAAUGGAGUAUCCGUGCAAAACCUGACUACGUUAAAUGAAGAAGCCAUGGAUAAAAUGAACACAAAAGAAGAAAAUGAAACUAACAUUCCAAACAUUUUGAACGGGACGCCAGCUUUUGAUGAUGUUAUGACAAGAGAAGUCGCCUUCAUAAUGCUACAAUUAAUAAACGGCAUGAAGAACUUGCAGAUUAAGGCCAUCGAAGAAAUGCCUUUAAGCCUUUCAAAUGUGGUGCUUUCGAAAGAAGUGGAUAAUAAAGAUUCCCAAGCCAGACUUUGCGUGCUACAAGGCAACAAUCACCAAGAAGAAGAUGAACCUAUGGGUACCUUAUGCAAAUGCGCACAUAUUGCUUUAACCGAAAUGUUGCCGCCUACAAAAGUGUCCAACGUUAUAGGCGAAAUUUUGUUGCAAGAACGCGCCGAGUCAUUGUCAAAAUCAAAAUCAGUCUUAGAAUUUAUAUUGUGGGGUCCAUCUGAUGUAGCUUUAACCGGUUCUACGAAAGAACGUGAAUCGGCCUUACAACGCUGGCUAGACUUAGAACGUGCGACUGUAUUGCAUGGCUUAGUACGCACUCGUGUCGAACUUACCGUCUACGAUGAAUGUCAUUUAAUGUUUUUAGUACGCUCAACAGCCAAGAUUAUGAAUGAUGCCGCCAAAAUCGUGAACAAUGAUUAAGAACAACGUAACUUG